GAGAACUACACGAAGUGCUGAAAAAAUUUCGGAACUAGAAGAAGGGAAGAGUUCUUCUCAAAUUUUAUAAACUACUAGAGAAGGAAAACCCUAACCCACUCCAAACCCCACGAUUCAGCAAUGGCGAAGAACAAAAACAAGAAGAAGAAAAAUGGAUCUGGUCUAAUGGAUAUGGACGUCAAAUCAGAUGAUCAUAAGGUCAUGGAUAUUCCUCAAGCUAUGGAUACGUUGGAGACCGUAGCUUCCAGUGCUUUUGCCGGUGGACCGCUCAGGAAGAAGAAAAUGGGAAAACAAAUGAAAAGAUCAAAAAAUGUGCGGAAGAUGAAGGCAAUUGCAAAAGCUAUAUCCCUAAAUGACAAGUCGGAUGAGAAAAUUUCGAAAAAUGAGAGCAAGACAUUAAGAACUAAAUUUGCUAAGAAGCUAUACGAGUAGAAUUUCACUCUGAAUCUAGUUUAAUGUGUGCGUAUCUGAUAUACAGCAUAGUUGCGGAAUGUUACUCUUAACUUCCUAGUUAAGUAAUUUGGUUCAUCUUUUAGUCCUUAUCUUGUGCUUUGCAAUUGAUCUGUGCUUAACGACUGACUGCAAAUGUAGGGUAGUAAAGUUAGGAGCCAUUUGGUUGGACUUUUGCUUAUUGUAGAAGAGCUUUCCAAUGACAAUGGCAAUGUAAGCAGUAACAGGGACUACAUGCAGUAAAAUCCAGAUAUGAAAAGACUUAGGCGCUGCUGUGUUAGCGUUAGUCGGCACCCUGUGAAGACUUUCCGCACUCUUUAUGUACGUCUAUAUAUUGACAUUUAGCCCUUGUUUGGUGCAGUUAAAAUUCAAAUAUUAGUAAA